AUGGCUACACCGCCAAACUUUGAGACUUCGCUCAAUAAUGCAAAGCACCAAUUAAACAUUAACUUUGAGCUAAAGGAUCAGCAGCUUUCAACAUUGAGACAUCUUUACGAAGGGAAUGACUGUAUAGCUGUUUUGCCUACGGGAUAUGGCAAAAGUGCUGUAUUUCAACUUUUACCAUGGCUGCUGCAAAAGGACCUGUCAGUUCCAGGGAUGGUCAUCGUUGUGUGUCCACUUAAUUCCUUGAUGCAGGACCAGGUCAUGUCAUUGUGUGACCGAGGGAUCAAAGCCUGUUUCCUUAAUUCACAAGAUACUGCUGGCAAGACAUACAAGAUGAUCUCACGCCAGAUUGAUGUGGAGACGCUAGAAGAAGAGGAGGACAAUGAUCAAGACGAAGUUGAUGCAACUGAAAAUGACAUUCAUGCACCAACUUAUGUCAAGAUGAAAGAACUGCAGCAGGGACAAUUCAACAUCAUCUAUGCUCAUCCAGAGACUCUUCUUAACAACAAGACAGUUGGACGUCUACUCAGAUCUCCACUUUUCCAAGAAAAAGUCUGUGCUGUUGUUGUUGAUGAAGUGCACAUGAUAUCCGAAUGUGAAUUCUUGGCAGUGGUUGAUAUUCAAACUCGUCUGCCAAAUAUCAGGAAACAAGAAAAAUUAGACAACCUAAUUCGACCACUUGCUGAAGACCUGUGCGAUCGGCUGGCUGAGUUCCCCUUUACAGUUGUUUACAUCAACAAUGAUGAGGAACUGGGAUAUUGCUAUCAGUACGUAGCAAGACAUCUAAAGGAAAAGGCAUACAUUCCUAAAGAAUCACCAAUUCCAGAAAACCGAAUUUUUGCUCAGUACCACAAGGUAUACACAGAUGAAAUGAAAACACACAUUGUGUCUGAACUGAGGAAAUACAAACCAAAAAUUAGCUUGGUGCUGGCCACUGUUGCCUUAGGCAUGGGUCUGAAUGCACCUAGCAUACGACGUGUAAUCCAUUUUCAACCCCCUACAACCCUUGUAAAGUAUUUCCAGGAAAUAGGUCGGGCAGAACGAGACGGCAAAAAGUCCAGUGCCCUACUAUUUUACAACAAGAAUGACAUUGCAAAGAAUCGUGAGGAUAUGUCAGAGGCAAUGAUCAAGUACUGCACAAACAGGACCACUUGCUUGAGGUUACAGCUUGUUUCAUAUUUUGGUUUCGAUUCAGUCAUGUUUUCGGAUAACCCAGCUGAUUGCUGCAUUAACUGCAGGACAACUAAGACAGGAAUGUGAAAUUUGUUAUUAUAUAACUUGACUGGGUGUUCUACUACACAAAACGGGUAUGGCCUCAGAAAUGUAAUGUAGAGGUACCUGCGGAUUCUGUAAAAAGGGGCUGCUUACACUAACCAUGCUGACAGUGAUGAAUCUACCUGUGAGUUCCAAGUAUUGUUCGCAACUAAAUUUAGAAGGGUGCAUUAUUAUACUUCGUCAGGCAUCCAAUGGAACACUUAUUUACUGAAUAAUUGCCUAGACAUAAUGGGAAGUGACUCAGGAUCUGAGAUAGAGGACUCGGUGGCUUAAAGUCCAUAGGACCCAGCAUGAAUAACUAUCGCUGAAUUUGUUCUAACUUAAAUAUAGUUAUCUUCAGCCCAUCAUUGUCAUUAUUUUGUGGUAUAGGCUUAUCAAACUUACUAUAUACAGAACCAAUCAUAUUACAAAUAAGUGUUUCAA